AUGGUCCCCUCGACAAGCCAGGAGGACGAGGGGCCGUCUCCGAACAUGAUCUUACCCGACGUGGAUGUUGCUGCGCCUGACGAUCUCCGAUCACUGUCGCGAUCACCUCACCCAUAUCGCAACGGCUCCUUCCACCACCGCACGCGAACGUCCAGUGACAGCGGUACCGAGGCCGACGAUGAAAGCACAGGCUUAUUAAAAGGGCUGCCAGCGCCGCCCCUUCGAUCACGAAGGGGUGCACGGCCAAACGGUGAUCAUGACUUGUGGCUGCCAGGAUUGCAACGCUGGCCGUCCAUGGCCCGGUCGACUUCGCGGAGCUCGCGACGGAGCUCUAUUGGUGACAACGAGGCCGAAUUAGCGGAGAUGAGGAAUAAAAUGAAGAAGAAAAAACACAUUGAGGUUAUUCGGAGGACAUUCGAGGCUGCCUUGCUACUCUCCGUGGGCGGCGUGGUUUUGGGGCAGCAGAGCGUAAGAUCGCUCGCGUGGGCUUGGAAGAAAGAACUCAUCACUUAUUCCCUUACUGUCGUCGGUGUCUACGCGAUAUACCCUCUAAACCGGCAUGGACGUCUACGACUCUCAAGGUUCUUGUCCUUCGAUAUCCCACAUAGCUUCGACCCAGCUCCGCUUUUAUACCCCAUCCUCAUUCCCGUUUACGUUUCCUUGUCGUUAUCGGACCAUAAACCGUCGUUGAUACUGCCGAACAUACUUCUAGCUCUCGCCUCAAUCCCCCCUGCAGCCAUUCCUAUGCAUGACCUAGUGCAUGGGCAAAGUGUGAUGCACUGGCUCCUCACCUUACUCCCGCUCCUUGCCUCAGAGCAACUGUCCUGGGGCAGCAUUCACCCGUCACCUCUUUCUCUCCGUGGUUUCGAUCCUGAAGCUUUGACUCUUGUUUUUCCUUUGCACCAAGCAUUGAUACCCACUCUAGAUUUCCUUUUGUCUACCAGCAUUCUUCCAGCGGAACUUCAGCUUCUGACGACUGCUCUUAUUAAUUUGUUUUUGUUCGCCACUUCCCCACAAGCGGAAAUUCUCAAAGCGCUGCUAUGGCUAGGCAGCCUGUGUAUUUUUAUCUCGUGCCGCCAAGUCCUUCACUGGGAGGUCGCUCUAGCCAGGAUACCGAGUUGGAAAUUUCGACGGUCUCCCAGCGCCUCUAAUUCGCCCAAAAAUAUUUUGAAUCUGCUGGAUCACAGGAUCUGCCAGAAGCUGAGUCGAGCUGGUUCCUCUGAAGACGCUCUGUCAGAUAGCGACUCUCCCGAUAGCCAUGUGACAUCUGCCUCGCGCCGGACACCAUACGACCAUCGGGAAAAGUCCUCACCGGAGAGUCCCACAGAAAAUGGUGCAGCGGAGGACCCAACCCAACGACAGGCAUCCCCCAGUUUCGAAGAGGCCUUACGCUCAGCAAAAGCCAGGACUACUCCAAGAGGCCGACGGAAGAGAUCAUUGGCGCCAGACCUGACGUCCUUUUUAUCAUUGACUGUUCCGCAGGUUCAGGUUCGCAAAUGGAUCUAUGGUCUUUACGUUUACCUAGCAGUUCUAGCUAUUAUCCUGGGACCCGUGCGGAAGUACGUAGGGGAAAGGGCGUUACAGGGAGAAGAGCCUUUUGGAUGGGCACUGGGUUACUUGCUUGGGAACAUUUCCUGGUUCAGGUUUUGGGUUAUCACCUCGAGCCUGGAGGACUGGAUACCCAUCCCUUCUCGGUUGGAUAGCAGCUUAUCGAGCGCGUUCAGUCAUCUUGGACGGGCAGAACAUCUCCGCCACGGCACUUUUGGAGAGGCCAAUACUCGUCUAAUGAUGACUGCUUAUUGCUUGGCUGUUCUUGUGACCGGCAUUGCAGUGGUCAUCCGGCUGGGCUCAUUUGCAGAGGUUGACACCAGACGCAAAGUAUUCCAUGGAACAAUGGUGUUGAUGUUCCUACCAACAAUAUACGUUGACCCAGGAUUCUGCGCCCUUGCUUUGGCUUUGGUGUUGGCUAUAUUCCUGCUCCUGGACCUCUUCCGGGCUUCGCAGCUUCCGCCUAUAUCACGACCCUUGACGAAUUUUCUUGAGCCAUAUGUGGAUGGCCGAGACUACCGAGGCCCGGUCAUCGUUUCACACAUAUUUCUCCUCAUAGGGAGCGCCAUUCCCCUUUGGCUAGCCCUGGCCGACGUUUCCCGAGCCGGAGAGUACCCAUGGAAGUCGUGGGAUGUUCAAGGUCGAGAUGUGAGCAUGCUCAGCGGAGUCAUCUGUGUUGGCCUAGGAGACGCAGCUGCUUCGCUCGUUGGGCGCCGCUUUGGCCGACAUAAAUGGUUCUGGGGCGGGGGCAAAUCCGUUGAGGGUAGUGUAGCCUUCGUAAUCGCGGUAACUGCGGGCUCAAUCUUUGCACAAACCUGGCUUGUGCUUGGGCAAUGGCCAGUAAGCGGACAGGAAGGACCGAAGCACUUCUCCUGGUCAUCGGCCAUGAUCAAGGCAGUUUUGGCGGCCGGCGGAGCUAGUGCGACUGAAGCAGUACUGACUGGGUGUAAUGACAAUGUGGUCGUCCCCAUCGUGCUGUGGCUGCUGGUGCGAGGACUGGGAUUUUGA